GGGGUGCGAAUAGUGGGAGAGAGAUCGAAGUAAUUAUUCGGGCGAUUUUGCACGACUAUAUAUAUUUGGGAGCACGAUGGGUCGCGAGGGUGGUGUGUGUCUGUCUAUGUCGGCGUUUGAGGACAGCUCCCGGAGCAGCGGCGGCGGCAAUGCUGGACAGACGGUGAGUGAUGUAAGGAGGAUCGAGGACGCCUUGUCAACAGCGGUGAACCGGCCUAUUAUAAGAAGGCAGUCAUGGUUCGACUGACGAUCCAGUAUCCUCGUUGUGUGGUCGAGAUGCCCCGAAGCCCUGAAGCCCUGAAGCCCUGGGUUCAGGAUCUCUUGGUUCCUGCGGGUGGACCUUUCUUCUUCAAGAAUAAACAGCCGGCCAACUCAAUCCGAAUUACUUCAUCGGCCGAGGGACCAUGCUGUACCAGGGACCACCUAGGGCACGCUCCACGCUCCACCCUCGAGUCUGUUACUUUGUUGUCUGAACUGCAAUGUUGCUCUACCAACAUCUUUGUCUUGUCUCUGCGUCGCCGUUCCGCCUCCAUGCAAAGAGGCAGGUCGAGUCAUAGCAGGACCCUUGCCUUCCCAGUCACAUCUCCAGCCUUUUGUUCCGGCCGGCCCAAGCCCCGUAUGCACCGUGUCUUACUUUGCGCCUGUUCGAUGUGUUUGGUUAUUGCAGUGACGAAUGGGCUGGUGGUAUCGAGGUGCUUCUGAUUAUUCACGUUUGGGGCGGGGGUCUAGUCGACGAAACCUGGAGGACCGGACAUGGGUAUCACGUGCAUACGGGUUCAUGUCAUGGAUGCAUGGCUUUCGAGAUCUGGAUGUGAGAUCUGGGCUUGUAUCAGAUGUCAUUUCUGAUAAGGGAAGAUAAGAAAUUAAUUGUCCGGCAGUUUGCGAAUGUCUUCAAAACCAGAAGUAAGGUCAUGAUGAGUUUCAUAGGUUCUUGUACUGUAAGAGUCCGAUUUCAUCCUUCGAGGGCAAGAAAAUAAUACGGUCGAGCGACUGACAACACCGAGCAAGUAGACAAUUGGUUAGUAAUCGGUGAAGACUCGGGAUGAAGUGGGCGGAUUUCUCGGCAUGUGCGUGGUUAUA